GAAGACAGUAAUCAUGGGUAAAAAAAAGAACUUGCCUGAGAAUUAAACAGUUUUUAUGUUUUUCAACAGUUUCAAUGUAUUUUACCGAUAAUGGUCUCCAAUUAUAAUGGUACACACGAAACAGGAACUGUUGAAAGAUAAUUCGGCACAAUUAUUUUCAAUCAACCAAGGUGUUAAAAUCCUGGACAAAAGUAAAACAAAACAAAUAUAACAAAUAUUUUUGAAAUAGUUUUAGACCUCAGCGAUAAAUCGUGUUAUUUUAAUAAACCACAGUUAUAGUUUUCUUUACACGCAUAUCCCUAUAUAAGUGAAGCUGGUGUCUCCGCUUGCCCUUUCGCCACCUGUUGCUGAGUAACUGCUAAUUAACCGAGCUAAACGUGCUGCUAAGUGGCGUCUUUGCCGAUGUUUCCCUCGUCUGGUCUCUUUGCUGGUUUAAUAUGUCCUGUUUCUAAACAUGGGGUUUGUGAGCGACCUCAUUGCCCAUACAAACACGCUUUCACGGUGCGGGACGAUGUGUCUGGUUCCUCCGCAGUGGUCGACUCAGCAGGAGUCAGAAAUUACUACUCAUCUGUCUGUGCUGCACCAAUGAGAGAGGAGACUGUAGAUGAUAGCAUCCAGGAGCUGGAACGGAUCAACAAAGAGAUUGAGACUGUCAGGCAUGAGGUGGAGCUGGAGCAACGGCGACUGUCAUGCUACCAGACCAUACGGGUGGACCGCACAAAUACUGUGUGUAGUCUUUCUGAUUCCAAGUCUGAAAGUGCUGGUAAAAAUGCAGACAAAGGCUCUUGUGGACCGUCUUCAUGCACAGACUUUUAUGAGACAAACACCCGAGUAAGAAAGUAUGUUGUUGACAACUCAAAACCCAGGACUGACUUGGAGUAUGACCCAUUGUCCAACUUUUCCGCUGGUUUACGGUCUUGCAGCGCCUCUGUUAAGGAGCAGAAACCUAAAAUUGUGCAAGAAACAAGGCUAGUUGUUCAGGCUAAUACCCCCUCUCCUGAGAGUCUUGACUCAAAUGAAGACAGUGUCCUGAUUAUUGACAUUCCUCCCUCACCUGACAAAAACCUAAUUGGAAUUCAGAAACCCGUUUGUGUUGCUGGCAACUCCAAGGUCGAAGUAGAACAAACAAAUGAGUUCAUAACGGCAGAAAUUUCACUUGAUUCUUCACCAUUAUGCUUUACAAAAGCUAUGGCAUGCCAGAUCACACCAUGUGUAUCGGUGCGGGGGGCAGUUUAUAAUCAUUGUGAUGCUGACAAAGGCCAAUAUCAUUUCAGUGUGAAUGAGAACAAAGGGUGUGAAAAUAUACCAGCUGUUGGUAAUGUAAUUGACCUGACUGAAAGUUUAGAGAAUCUGGAAAGUGAGUGUGAGAAAAUUGCAAAUCUACCUGUCUAUUCAGACCAACAAGGUCAGAGUUUGAAUGAUCUGAAGGUGGAAGAAAGCACAUUUCAAGGUGGACUGCCUGAAAGUGAGCUAUCCAUUAGGGCUGCAAAACUGAAAACACUACAGCCACAUAAUCUUUCCUCAAAUAUUUCAUUUUUUGAUAAAACUUCACACUUGGAUUCACUGUGCAGGCAACACACCAUGCCAACCCAGACAAUGGAGGUGCCAGCUCAGAACAACCACUGCUCUCUUGAGAAUAGUGUGUCGUCACUGGUUUCAGGCAGCCAGGAUAGAGCACUCAUUAACAAGACCUCAUCUGUAAUAUAUCAGGAGCAAAAAGAACCAGCUUUAGUUGGCAACCAUUAUCAAACAUCUGUCAUCUGUCACUCACAUUUAGCAAACGGAGUCGAUUCAUCUGAACCCAAUGAGCAGCUUUUAGUCAAAUUGGGCAAAGAAGACGUUAUUAUCAUCUCCAGCUCCGAGGAGGAAGAGCUCAAUUAUUCUGACAUGGACUUGUCUGACAGCGACCCAAUGGAAGAAUGCUACAGGAUCUUCAUGGAGGCAAAUCAUGAAGAUGCGAAGGGACAUGAGGAGCAAACCAGUUUGUCAGAUGGAACUAUGGAUGUAGAGAAGCAGGAGUUGACUGUCACUCCCCAAGUGUUACCAGGAAAGAAGAGAGUGGCUCACGAAGCCAAACAUACAGAGCAGCCAAUGGCGAAGAUCAGACCUGAGCCUCAGGUAUUGAUCCCCCUGCGUGGGCCAGCGGCUUCAGGAUUUGGCUCCCAGACCUCAGUCACUUCAAAGAUCCAGCAGGUACAGCAAAGAGCCUCCAUGGUGGCUGCUUCAAUAAAGGGUGGUCAAGCAUUUGUCUCCAUGACCUCUCAGAAGAAGCAAGAGACCCAGACUACUGCUGGUCCUUCCACUCAUGCCCAUGUAGACACACAACCUGCCUGUGUGCAAAAUGCUUACACAAACUACCUAUCUUUGGGAACUGCUGUGAUUGAAGUAGGCAAUAACUUGCACUUCAUCCUCCCAGAGGGCACCUUCCCUUUGCCUGUAACUUCAAGUUCCAGCCCUGUUACCUCAGUGUUGACUCCGGUCAGAAUCGUGCCCAGGAGCAAUCAUCUUAGUGUGAAACAACUUUGUCAUAAAGCUGCAAUAACCCCUGUGCAAAGAUACCACACAACAGCGCCUGUGCUCAUUCCUGCUCAAACUCGGAAACCUUCACUAACCUCUGCCUCAGCACAUUCAAAUCCAGCUGCCUCCACUACUACUCCUCCUGCUGCCCAUACUGUUGUUGCCAAGCCUGUGCCAACUAAACGUAAGCUGAAGCAAGAGGCCGCCAAAGAAAAAGUUCCCCAUGAUCUCAGACAGCGAUAUGUCAACAUAUUUACAGAGGAGUUCCUCAAAACAACAGCCAAUGUCAAUGAUGCCUUUGAAAAAGCUGUUGCUGAGGAGCGGACAGUGUACAAUCGCAGUGCAAACAAGCUGAAAUAUUUGAGUGUGGCUGUUAAUUCACUAAAGAGACUGAAGAAUCUGAGCGCUUCUUCAGCUCAAGGUAGAGAUGAGGUAAACGGUCAUGGAUCCAAAGGCAACAUACCACUUCACCGGGAGAUGUUGAGAGGAAAUGAUGAUAUGGCAUUGUAUGAGGGUUUGAAGGAUUAUCUUUUGACUGAGGAAAAGCUAAUUGAGAGCAACUUCCCUGUCCAGCACCCAGAGAAACCUGGCUGUGCUGCUCUGUUUGCUGACCCCAAAAAAGGCAUCACAGACCCUCUGAAGAGGAUCUGCUGUCGAUGUGGGGCCACGUACUCUGUGAGCCAAUCAGGCAAACAUGUUCGCAAGGAGGAGUGUACCUAUCAUUAUGGGAAAGGAGUUGAAAAUAGAGUGCCAGGUGGAGUGGAGACUCGCUACAGUUGCUGUCAAGGAGUCAUGGGAGCACCUGGAUGUCAGGUGUUUCAGUUGCAUGUCCAUGACUCCCUCAGCCUAGAAGGGUUUGUGUCUACCAGCCCCAGACAUUCCUUGGAUAAGAGCUGUCCGGGGGUCUACUCUUUGGAUUGUGAAAUGUGUUACACUGUUCAUGGUCUGGAGCUGUCCAGAGUGACGGUGGUCAACUCUAGUCUGCAAGUUAUCUACGACACCUUCGUCAGACCUGAUAAUGAGGUCAUCGAUUAUAACACAAGGUUUUCAGGCAUCAGUGUGGAGGAUGUGAAAAGUAACAAAACUUCGAUCAGAGAGGUGCACGAGACCUUAUUGAGCUUCAUUAGUGCCGACACCAUUCUGAUCGGACAUGGCCUGGAAAUGGACCUCUGUGCCCUGAAGUUAUUUCAUGGCAAUAUGGUGGACACCUCAGUGGUCUUCCCCCACCGCUUGGGCCCCCCUCACAAGCUUACCCUCAACAACCUCACUGCUGAAUACCUGCGCAAGAUCAUCCAAGAGAGUGUUUGUGGCCAUGACACUGCAGAAGAUGCUACCGCCUGCAUGGAGCUCAUGUUAUGGAAGGCCAAAGAUGGAAAACUGAAAAAAUGAUUGAAAUAAUACUCACAACUGUUCAUACAUGAGAUGGAUUCUCUGAAGCAAAUCUGAAUGUCAUAUGGGAAGGCUGUUUUUCUUUAAGUUGGAUUACAUAUAAUUUGGUUUGUGUUAAAAAUGCAAUAUUCUGCAUGUUCAUGUGUUCAAGUUUGCUAUAGUGUGAGCAGAAAACCUGCUGAGGCAGGUCAUAAUUAUUGAAGUAAAGGCACAGAAUGAAA